CAGGUCCGCUAGAGGAGGCCGAUCCAGCACUUCCGUCGGGCACUUGGCGCGCAAAAAUAGUGCGGUUGGGUCACGCUCGCGACACGUCCGUGCUGCUGCUGGCCUGGAUCGAUCCGGGAGCGAGCGCGAUGGCCGGCAGGGAGAGGGACCGGGAGCUGCUCCUCCCGGUGGUGGCCGGCGAGCACGCCGCCGGCGACGAGGACGACUCCGAGCCUACCACGCCCGCCGUCAUGGCCGGCCCACCGCCGCCCGCGGCGGCGGCGCGCGCGCUCCACCUGCACCACCACCCCACUGGCAUCGAGGCAUUGUCGAGAGUGAUUCGGAGCUGGGCGUGGAAGAAGUUCAUGUCUGGAUGCGUCAUCCUGCUCCCGAUCGCCAUCACAUUCUACACGACGUGGUGGUUCAUCCGCUUCGUCGACGGCUUCUUCUCACCGAUCUACAUCCACCUCGGGAUACAUCUAUUCGGUCUCGGGUUUGUCACCUCGAUCACCUUCAUCUUCCUCAUCGGCGUGUUCAUGUCGUCGUGGCUGGGCGCCUCGCUCCUCGGCCUCGGUGAGUUCUGCAUCAAGAGAAUGCCCCUCGUGCGCCACAUCUACUCGGCCUCCAAGCAGAUCAGCGCCGCGAUAUCGCCAGACCAGAGCUCGCGGGCCUUCAAGGAGGUGGUGAUCAUCCGGCACCCCAGGAUCGGCGAGUACGCGCUGGGCUUCAUCACGUCGACGGUGGCGCUGCGCGGCGCCGGGGGCGUCCGCGGCGACCAGGACCUCGCCUGCGUCUACGUGCCCACCAACAACCUCUACCUCGGCGACAUCUUCCUCAUGAGCCGCGCCGACGUCAUCAUUCCGGACCUCUCCGUCCGGGAGGCCAUCGGUAGCCGACGGCCGUGUGUCCUCUCGUCGCGCCUACGGUUUCUUGAUGCGAACUCAUCUGAAUGGGGGAACUACAUUUGUUGCAGAGAUCAUUCUUUCCGGCGGCAUGUCGGUGCCGAAGAUCAUCUCGGCGGUGGAGGGCGUCGUCGGCCUCGGCGACCAUGGCUGCGCGGCUAAGGACUCCUAGGACGCUCUUUCUUCCCUCCUGGCAGUUGGCAGUGACUUGCAAGCAGCUGCGGUAUCAAAGGAUUCAGAUCUUCAGAGCUUUGUGUUGCUCUCCAAGUCCUAAAUGUUGGGUGGCAGAUUUAGAGAACAUGUUUCAGUUUUGAUCAGGCAUAGGGAACCUUCAAUCUAAGCUAGCAAGCUUUUUGCUGUGUAAAUUUCUAUCUACAUACUUUUAUAUUGACAAAUACUGUAUCAACA